UUUCGCGCAUGCGUGAACCGUUUAGGUCUUCCGGUACCGAUCGGGUAGUAAAUACCUACCAAUGCUAGUACAUGUGAGUUUCUAAGUGAGCGCUUGUAAACAAAUGUGAAAAACUAACAUUUGGAGCCAAAAAGCACAAGAUGGUUGUUCUGCACGUAAAGCGCGGAGACGAGAGUCAGUUUCUUUUCAACUCCGGCGUGGAAACGUCCGUGGACGUUCUGCUGCAGCAAAUCACAGCCAUUUAUAACCGCAGACUCAAAGUGGGCCGAAUAUGUUCUGAGAUGUGUGAGCUGGCGGAGCACGGCAUCACGCUGCCUCCAAACAUGCAGGGUCUGACGGACGAGCAGAUCCUGGAUCUGAAGCUGAAGGACGAGUGGGAGGACAAGUGUGUGCCCAGUGGUGGGCUCGUCUUCAAGAAGGAUGACAUCGGCAGGCGCAAUGGACAAGCGCCCACAGACAAGAUGAAAGCAGUCUUACUUCAGACGGUGGACGAGGUGAAAGCUCUCAUCUCCAAGAAACAAGCAGAAGCUAACGUUUGCGUCACCAUGGCGAUGGUGAAGGAAGGCCUGGAGCAGCUGCGGGGGGCCGUCAUGAUCGUGUACCCCAUGGGGCUGCCCCCCCACGACCCCAUACGCUUAGAGUUUGAAGACCGCGAGGACCUCUCCGGGACGCAGGCGUCGCUGCAGGUGCUGGAGGAGGCCGAGUGCCAGCUGUGGUGGGCGGCCAAGGAGAUGCAGAGAGGGAAGAAGCUGCAGGACUACAUCGGCAAGAACGACAAGACCAAGCUGAUGGUCAAAAUACAAAAGAAAGGACAGGGGGCGCCAGCGAGGGAGCCUGUGGUGAGUGAGGAGCAGCACAAGCAGAUGAUGAUGCAUUACUACAGGAGGCAGGAGGAGCUCAAGAAACUGGACGAGGCGGACGACGACACCUACAUGGACUCUGAGUGGUCCGACAGGCAGGCCCUCAAAAAGCAGUUCCAAGGCCUCAGCAACAUUAAAUGGGGGCCCAGAUAAGCACCAAAGGGAGAUGAUGAUGUCACACUCUUUAUAAAGCACCUUUUGUUCCAAAGGUCCGCAAGUACAGCUAGGAUGCAACACCUUUCCUCUCUUUGUCCCACGUCUCAGAGUGCGAGCGCAGGAAGUUCCCACUCGGGAAGUCACAGGAGAGAACCACACAAUAAAAGCCUGCUGGCCAACGUUUC